UUUUUAUUUUUAUUUCAUAUCGAACUAUCGUAAAAUACAUUUUGCAAUAGUUUUUUUUACUAAAUAAUUUUUUUUUUUAACUUUUUUUAUAACGAAAAUGUACAACAAAAAUUGCGCAUACGCAUCCGUGUUCAUAUUAGCAACAACGUUCACUAUUUUGUCAGGGGAUCAAUCUUAUACCAUAAAAAAAUGUAUGCCUCUGGAUAAAGCUCUCAGAGCUACCCACAAAUCAUGCUUUUUAAGACCGGACACAGGACCGUGCAGAGCAGACAUAAUUCAAUGGUAUUAUGAUGUGAGGCAGAGCGAAUGUUAUAGAUUCUUCUGGGGCGGAUGCCAGGGCAACGGAAACAGAUUUGAAACACAGAGGGAGUGCACAGAUUACUGCUACUUCAACUCAAGCAACCCGCCACACAAAAUCCCGCACUUCUGCAAUUUAGCGUUUGAUUACGGGACAUGUUUCGCGGAGUACCAGAGGUGGACGUUCGAUAGAUUUACCCAGACGUGCCGUGUCCGUCUGUACUCAGGCUGCGGCGGCAACCAAAACAACUUCGAAACCAGAGAGGCGUGUCGGAAGACUUGCAUGAUUAACACGAACACAACAUUCAAUAGGAAUACUGUCAACAUUUGCAUUCCUUACAACCUAGAGGACCUCGAGUGAUUACAAUAAUAAAAAAAA